AUGGUUGUACAUUCAAAGAAGUUUUCACAAAUUAUUCACCAGAAAACACAGCUUGUGUCAGAACAUUACAAGUAUAUGCACUCUCCUACAAAGUUGGAAAGCUAUGAUGUCAUUAAAACUCAAAAAGCGAGGCAACAGAUUCUCGAUUUUACUUGUGAUGAUAACAAAUGGAACUCAAGCAAUCACUACGAGCAGUACAGAAAUAUAUUUGUAGACGAUCAAUAUAAAUUUAUGUAUUGUGCGGUCAGAAAAGUUUCUUCAAUUACUUGGAGUAGCAUCGUUAGACAACUACACAAUAACAAAAGUGGACAGCGGUUUUUUAAAAGACUUCUUUCCACAUACAAACCGCUGGAGAUUAAACACAGGCUCAGCAGUUAUGUCAAAUUUAUGUUUGUGCGUGAACCAAUGGAAAGAAUUUUUUCUGCUUGGUAUGACAAAUUCGUCAACGGAUUUCAAAAAGACGAAUACGAGCAUUUGUUAGGUCCAAGAAUCGUCGGUAAGAUUAGACCCUGCCCUCACCAUCGUAAUUGUGCAAAGGAAAUACUGUCUUCAAGACAUCCGAAUAUGAAUAUAACGUUCACUGAAUUCUCACGUUAUCUGCUCGAGAUUGUAACCGACAUUGAGAAAGAGGACAUGCACUGGAAUCCGUAUUAUUAUCACUGUGAUCCCUGCUUUAUAAAAUAUGAUUUUAUUGGACACUACGAGACUAUAAAACCGGAUGCCGACGAGAUUUUGCGAAAGUUGAGAAUAGACCACCUGGUAAAGUUCCCAGAAGGUAACUCGUCAUCUGUGCCGUUGAUGAGACAGCACUACGCGGAGUUAGGUCCUGACGUAACGGAAACACUCGCACAUUUGUAUAGCUUGGAUUACCAAAUGUUUGGCUAUUCUAUCAAUCAAACAUUGCAGUUAUUAGGAAUGUCAAAACCAUGA